UCAUUGCAGUUUAGGUCUGUUGUGACAUUUGGGUGUCCAGAUUUUAAAAUGCGUUGUUCCACCAAAGAAUAAGUGCAGAACAAAACAAGGUAAAUGCAAACAAAUAAUGAACACAAGUAAAUUAGUUAAUAACUGAUGAUAAUGUCUUGCCACCUUUACGCACCAAUCACGUGGCUUCCUCGCGCUCCUGUGGGCGGCUCACGCACACCCGAAGGGUUAAUUGGGGGUCACCGUCAAUUCCAGGAAGUUGAUCGUCACCUCUAAAAUGGCCAGUGAUCAGGUGAGCCUGUAAAUCGCGCCCUCGGCCGUGCUCAGGAUGGUUGCCAGUUAUAGCCUUGUCGGUGGAGUUCGCUAGCACCAGAGGUUUUCUAACCAACAUGACCCUACUGCGGCUCUACAUCCUGUCCUGUUUUAUCUUAUCGCUGUGCUCCACCUGCACCGGAGUCAUACCUGGGCGAAAAAUGGCCUCCCACCAGAGCGCGAAGCACACGGGCGCGCACCACCGGCCGCUGACGGACGAGCAGAGAGCGGACCAGAACGUACAGUUCAUGCUCAAUUUGUACAGGAGCGCGGCCGAACCGGACGGCAGACCCAAACAGUACCGAAAGUUCGGCUCCAACACGGUCCGCCUGCUGAGACCCUCGGCGUCGUCGGUGCACUACCUUCCAGCGUCCAGAGACCACCACUACACCUUCACAGUACAGUACAACCUUGACAUUCUUCCCUCGGAGCAGCUGAUCAGAGUAUCUUUCAUCCACCUCCGCUCUUCAUCCACUCCCUCUUCCUCCUCCACAACUCCAAGCACCACCCAGGCCCUCGAGCCGCUCCGCUGCAGAGCCCAGAUCACCUCGCUGGGCCCAGACAGUCUGGUCACUCUGGAGCCCCACGAGCAGUGGACGGAGACGGACAUUACGGGACACGUCCUUCAGGGGAAGGACCGGGGUGAGGGGGGACACUUGACCCUCACAGCCCAGUAUUGGUGCAAAGAGCCGGGGCUCACUGAAGAGGACAGCAGCCUGUUGUGGUGGUGGAUUCGUUUUUGGGGGAGACAGCGGGAGGAACCUCACCUUGAAGUCCCAUCUCUUCUUUUGUACUUGGAGGAGGAGAGGGAGGUGAAGGACUGGAUGGCGGAGUUGUUGGGGGCUGAAGGGGAGAACAUCAUGAGACGGAUGGGGCAGUGGCAUCCCUUGGUUCGUCGCCGCCGUCACUCCAAAGACUCCUCAUCUUCAGAGCCGAAAGAUCCUUUGCUGGACGCUCUGAAAAAUGUCCCCACUUCCUCUUCCUCCUCCUCUUUCUCCACCUCCCCCUCUGCCUCCAUCAUCUCUGACAUCCCCAUCUACAAACGCAAAACCAGCGCGCCCAAGAACCGCUGCAAACUCCACUCGUUCCGCCUCUCCUUCGACGAGCUCGGCUGGGGUCACUACUUCAUCGCCCCGCCAGUGUACAACCCUCGGUUCUGUCAAGGUGACUGCCCGAGGGUGCUCCACUAUGGCUACCAUUCCCCCAACCACGCCAUCAUCCAGACGGUCAUCAACGACCUGGGUGUCGGGGACGUCCCUCCUCCAUCCUGCGUGCCUUACAAGUACAUGCCCAUGAGCGUGCUGGUCGUGCACAAGAAGAAGGUGGAAUACAGGGAGCUGGAGGACAUGGUGGCCGAGUCGUGCACAUGUCGCUAAAGACUCGGGAGCAGGCUCGAAUACACUUACCACUGAGGAAAGAGACUUAAAGGGGGAAGAUUUGAUGAUUGUUUGAUCCACAGCUCGGUGGCUAACCAUAACGAGCUCGAGACUGGAAAAGGAGGAAGUAGUUGUGGUUUCAGAUCUUCAUCAUCCCUGUUAAAGCACUUUAAGAGGCAGCUGUUGAAUGUGAACUAUGGGCUGUCCAGACAAGAGCGAGUCCCGACUUUCUGAUUUAAUUAUUGUGGAAUGAUUCUGCUGUGAUUCUAACGUGGCAGAAAGCACUGUGCAGGUGAAUAUGCUGAUUGCUAAAUUCCUAGUCAAUAUAAUGUUAUUUUUCUACUGGGAUUUGCCUUUUAAGCCACUUGAGAGUAAUUUAACUAACUUGAUUUAAGUGGUAUUAUGACUAAAUUAAGCUCCAGGGUAACUUCACAAAUUAAAACUUAACUUAAUGCUGCAACUUAAUGAACAUGACUAAACAUCAAAGGCACCUUUUAAGAAAACUAACUUACUUUAAGGAGUAACCACUGGUUUUGUUUCAACUAAGUUGAAAUGGCACUUUUGAAGACAAACACAUGUAGAAUACAUCUUCAACUUUCAGCCUCAAACCACAGUCAUCUAAUGAAUAUUUUCUUUCUUCUGCCUGUCUGUGUAUUCAUUCUUUUUUUUCUGUAUCGUUCUCUUUUAAAACCUGAUCUGUUUCACAUCAGGGCUUUCUUUCUGGAUAAUAUGUUGCCACUGUGUGACGCCAUGUUCCUCUGUGAGAAAUUAGAUACUGCUUAAACAAAAACAGAAGUAUUUUAUUGGACAAAAGGGGUCGGCCAUGCUGUAUGUAACUGUAAAGGCCUUUCUGAUGUCACAUUUUUGAUGUAUACAGUCUGAACUUUUGCAUUUUGUACAUAUUUAAAAAGGGAGGGGUCUUGAAAAACUUGAAAAAAAGUGCUGCUACUGACCUGAAAAAGGAACUAAAAAUGUUGGAUCAGGAAGAGGUGUAACAGUGUUCAUUGUUAAAGACAAUAAAAAGUGUUGUAAAAGAAAAGAAUGCAAUUU